GAGGUUAAAAAAAAAGGAGAAGAAGAAGAAGAAGGAGGGAAGAAAGAUCGCAGCCGGGGAAAGGGAGCGGACGGGAGGCGAUUUUUGCCGACUCUGGAUUCGUCCCCGGCGUGCGCGAGCAUGGCGGCCCUUCCCGGCGCGGUACCCAGGAUGAUGCGACCGGCUCCGGGGCAGAACUACCCGCGCACGGGCUUUCCCUUGGAAGUGUCCACCCCGCUUGGCCAAGGCCGGGUCAAUCAGCUUGGCGGGGUCUUCAUCAACGGGCGACCCCUGCCUAACCACAUCCGCCACAAGAUUGUGGAGAUGGCCCAUCAUGGCAUCCGGCCCUGUGUCAUCUCCCGCCAGCUGCGGGUCUCCCAUGGCUGCGUCUCCAAGAUUCUCUGCCGCUACCAGGAGACUGGCUCCAUCAGGCCUGGGGCCAUCGGCGGCAGCAAGCCCAGACAGGUGGCGACUCCGGAUGUGGAGAAAAAGAUUGAGGAGUACAAGAGGGAAAACCCAGGCAUGUUCAGCUGGGAGAUCCGGGACCGGCUGCUGAAGGACGGGCACUGCGACCGCAGCACGGUGCCCUCAGUGAGUUCGAUUAGCCGCGUGCUCAGAAUCAAGUUCGGGAAGAAAGAGGAGGAGGACGAAGGGGACAAAAAAGAGGACGAUGGCGAGAAGAAGGCCAAACACAGUAUCGACGGCAUUCUGGGCGACAAAGGGAACCGGCUGGACGAGGGCUCGGACGUGGAGUCGGAACCGGACCUCCCUCUGAAGCGCAAGCAGCGCCGCAGUCGGACCACGUUCACGGCCGAGCAGCUGGAGGAGCUGGAGAAGGCCUUCGAGAGGACCCACUACCCCGACAUCUACACCCGCGAGGAGCUGGCCCAGAGGACCAAGCUGACCGAGGCCCGCGUGCAGGUCUGGUUCAGUAACCGCCGCGCCCGUUGGCGGAAGCAGGCAGGAGCCAACCAGCUGGCAGCCUUCAACCACCUCCUGCCAGGGGGCUUCCCGCCCACGGGCAUGCCCACGCUGCCCCCGUACCAGCUGCCGGACUCCACCUACCCCACCACCACCAUCUCCCAAGUCUCUCGGCAGGUGAUGAGCAUCCUGAGCAGCCCCAGCGCGGUGGCCCCACAGCCGCAGGCCGACUUCUCCAUCUCCCCGCUGCACGGCGGCCUGGACUCAGCCUCCUCCAUCUCGGGCAGCUGCAGCCAGAGGGCCGACGCCAUCAAGCCUGGAGACAGCCUGCCCACCUCCCAGUCCUACUGCCCGCCCACCUACAGCACCACCGGCUACGGCGUGGACCCCGUGGCCGGCUACCAGUACGGCCAGUACGGCCAGACUGCUGUUGAUUACCUGGCCAAAAACGUGAGCCUGUCCACCCAGCGUCGCAUGAAGCUCGGGGAGCACUCCGCGGUGCUGGGACUCCUGCCGGUGGAGACUGGCCAGGCCUACUAGGCUCCUGGGGCGACUUGCCCCAGCCCGAGGCCCAGCCCACCCCCUCCUGACCCCUGAGCCUCCGCCUCAGUCCCCCUCAUCCCCCUGGGGCCACGGGAGACCAGGAAGGGAGCCCGUCCCCUGCUCAUCAGCAGCCCUCCUGACAGUCACCUGUGGUUGGGGACCCUCAAAGGCCCCUUGGAGUCCCUCCCAGAAGGGUGGAGGCCAACCUGCAACGUCCCCUGCUCAGAUCUGCGGUGGCCUCCAGAGCCCAGGGUGGAGACGGAGGCCCGUUCUGAACAGGGCACCUGGGCCCCAGAGCGGGACGGAGCCUGCGCUGCCAUCCUGUGGGCUGAGUUCUGCAGCGGGGCGCCCUGGCCAGAGGGCAGGGGAAGCCCGGGGUGACCCCGUCAGCUCCCAGUGCUGGGGCCCCGCCCCCCGCCACAGCGGGUCUUUGGCUCAGCACCAGAACCACAGCCCUUUCCUCCCCAGGACACAGGGCUCCAGCAGAGGGGACCCCGGGGUCUUCCCAAGGGAGUCAGCGGGUGACGGUCUCGACUUCACCCAGGACGUUGGAGGACUUCAGGACCCUCCCCACACAGCCCUGCUAAGCCCUCGGGGAGACCGGGACAGGGCAGAGGCUCGACCAGGGCCGGGGCUGUGGGGUCACACCUGCAGGCCACACUGCUGGCCCAGAGCGCCAGGCCCCACCUCAGGCUCCAGGAGGCAGAGGCUCUUCAACCGAAGCCCAGUUCCAGCCGCGUCCACCCCGGGGGGUCUGCAAAGCUGCUCAGCUCCCUCCUCAGCAGGGUCCGAUGGGACAGAGAGGGGACAGUCACCAGCAAAGAGGUGCCAGGUGGGCCCGGAAGGGACUUUCCUGACCAAAUCCUUUCCCUGGAGGGCGGCCAGCCAUGGAGGCGAGACGCCCCAGCCCUUGGCCUCACGUCCACCUCCCUGGAGUCAGGAUCCCCACGAAGGCUCCUCAGAGACGGGAGCCCACCCUGCACCCUGCUGCAGGAGAGGCCGCCAUCUUCCCGCCGCGGGCCCCGGAUGGGCCGAGAUGCAGGGCUUCCGCCAGAGCUUCGGAGGAGGGUCUUGGACUGGGCAGGGGUGGCCUGCCCUCCAGAUCAGCCUGCCAAGUCGCCUUGGCGUUUUGGUCCCACCCAUCUUUCAGCGCUGACUCGCUCUGGGCCAAGGGGCCUCUGUCUCCUGAUGGGGUCCAGCUGACCUGGGUGCAUGUGGCCAUUUCCAAACCCUGGGCCUGGGCAGAGGAAGACGCAGAAGGUUCUAGAAAAGAGGAGAAAAGACUCCUUCCUGCCUUCAGCACUCCAGCGGCUUCCUCCAGCUCUACUCUCCCAAGAGCCGGGGCCUCUGCUUCACGCCCUGCCCCUCCUCCCCGGGCGCGUCCACCUUCCCCCUCACCCUCUCAUACACUCCGCUCAGCUCACCUGCACCAGUGCGGCCGGCUACAGGACACUAGUGAUGGGGGACACGGCAAGGAAUCCACAAACACUGGACCCUGUUGCUUGUCCCCACCUGGGCACACGAGGCCACCUGUUUGCUGCGUCCAGGCCUCUUGCCCUCAGCCAACGAGUCAUUCCUAGAGGGAAGGGAUGCUGCUCUGGGAGCCCACCUGAGGUCCUUCCUCCUGGAGAGCCACAUGGACAAGAAGCUAGGACACUCGUCCGCAUGGACGUCACCUGUGGGACCAUGCUCACCUGUUUCUCUUCGUGAGAACUGAUCACACCAAGCCAGUCCUGAGCCCUGACCAGGACGGCUUAUACCCUGUGGUUUGGAUGCGACCAAUUGAUAACCGAGGACAAACGGGCUCUUUGGUGGCGGUGGGCACCCGGACAGCAGUGGGCACCCGGACAGCAGUGGCCCGUCAGGUUCAGCCAACUGGAGCAUCCACUCCAAGAGACUUUGGGUUCUUCAAGCUCUGGACAAAAGGGAAGAUCUCGUUGUCCCUUGGAAGUGCAGUCCACGCUGCUGUAGCUGUCACAGCCAGAAGGCCGCUCAGAAGACCAACGCCAUCUUCGUCCACAUUCCUUAACGGCCAGUCCUUCCCUGGAGGCCCGGCUCAGGACACGUCCUGUGAGACUCAGGAGCAGGGCUCUCAGGCAGGUGACAUCAAAACUGCCCAGCCCAGCACCAAUAGUGACAUUCCCAUGCUAGGACCAAUCCCAAUGAUCUGCCCCCACCGGGAAACAAAACCAAGACCUGCUUGGGAGUCAACCCAGCGGUUUGUCUUUACGGUAUCCAACACCUCGGAGUUCUCCCAAGCCACCGUCUCGGGAGACAGUGGUACUCACUGGUUUUCCAGGGCACCCUUAACCCCCAGCAGAUAUUCCCUAACACCCCGUGCAUCUGUGGUCUCGCCAACUCAGUCUAUAAAACUGGACCUUGCGUUGGCGGCUUGCAGCUUCACCGGGAAAGUGAUAUUUGGUUGGACGAGAGGCUCGAAGCUUCAAUCCCCGGGGGUUGACCACAGCCUAGAAAAAGGCCUUGAAGUCCAGUGGCCAGGCCCGCCCAGAAACAACCCCAGCCGUCCCUGUAAAUAGAGCCCCUAGCAAGAGAAGAGAUAUCUCCUCCAACUGUCCCAAGUAGCUACUGGUCCUUCCUACGGGGGCUCGUCUCCUGAGCCCACUGGAUAUUAGUUGGAAACGUGGUGACGUGCUGUUUGUUUAUAGGAAGUUGACUUUUUAUAUAUGAAUAUAUAUGCUAAAAAAAAAAAAAAAGGAAAGAAAACCCCCGCAGUGUGUGUCGUGCUAGUGCCAGGGACCCUCUGUAGGGAUAUACCUGCCUAUCGUGUGUUCCAGGUUAUGCAUUCCGGGCUCUGUUGAGUUCCUUCACUCUGUUGCUUUGUUUUUUUUCACUUGGUCCUUUCUCUCUUGCUAUGAAAAAAAAAAACAAAAAACAAAUAAGUGACGUGUAAGACCCGAGGUAUGCUCUUCUACUCUUUAUUUUUUACUUGAUUCACUUUUGAUGCUCUUUUGCCAGAGGAACUGAAAGAGCAGAGGAAGCCGAGAAACAGGGGAAUAAGAGAGAGAAGAGUGCAGACCGAGGCGGAGGUCAGAGGUCCCACCUGACCGUGGCUGGAGAACAGGACAGGUCCUGGACUUGGAGCAGGCCACCGGCAACCCAGGGUGGUCUCAGAUGGAGCUGGUGAAACCUGGUGGGAUUCGGAUCUUGGACCUCAACCCAGAACUCCGUGUUUGCCAGCUAAAAUCUUUCUCUGGAUCUUGUCUCGGGCUGGCGUUCUCCUCAAGCUCCUGAAUGUGUCUUUCCAUCUUGGAAGCUGUCGGGGUGCGCAGGUCUUCUCUCCUCCCCUCCCGCAGGAGCAGCAAGCCAAGACCAAAUGGGCGCGCUCCAGCCGCCAUCUUGGAUGCUCCAAGACACCUGUGUGCUGACCUGGGAAACUGCCCCAUCACACUCUAGAUCAUUCCUCCUUCCUUGUAUCAGCAGCACCGUGGCUCCCGUGUCUGACUCUCGACAGUUUUCCUCCACAUGGAAGAGUGUGUGCGUGGAGAGGGUGUGCGUGGGUGUGUGCGUGCGCGUGAGGGUCUGUGUUUAAAUAUAAUCGCACCAUAAUUUAUUCAGCUAUAUGGAAUAGUAGACUAGGAAGAGAAACUGGUAUUUGCUUUAACUACCUGCUGCUUGUAAGCGCUGCCUCUGUAACUCAGGCGUAACCGUUAUACAUUAAAAGAAAUUAAAAGCAUUUUAAAGGUC